UUACGAUGUUGCGAGUUCACGCGUAGCAGGAGCAACCUCGCCCGGGUUUGCUUCCUCGCAGCGGCUCUUACCACCCCCUCCCAAAUACCCCCGACGAUAGCCCCCCACGAUAGCUCCAUCCCACCCCACACACACACGCGGCGGAGGAGGUGACUGGAGGCAAUAAAUAAACACGCAGGCGGUAGAGGUCGGGGUCGAUUAUCACGAUUCACGCCGCGCGCUUCCGCGAUUUGUUUUUAUUUUGCUCCAAGCGGGGCUCGGCGUUCCCCGUGAACUUGCCGCGCACUGUAACGCUUACCGUACGUCGACUCGAUUCGUUCAUCGUUCGUGGUGGUGGUGGGGGGGUAGACGCGCACGCGUUAUUGUGAGCGUCAACAUCGAGUGAGCCGGCGAGUGGACAGCGCAGCAGCUCCUGCCCCAGGCCCCGGUCCACGAUCUUCCCUGGAGCCCGCGUCUCGCCGUCACUCCGCGGUCUGCCUCGACCCAAGCCGCCCCCCUCGUCUCACCGGUGACCGUCGGCCACCCCGCGGUCUCCCGAGUGUCGCCGUGUCGUUGUCUCUUGAGCGGAACGCUGCGGCUUUCUCAUCACGUGGAGCCAUGGAGGUGGCGGAGGCCGAGCACCGGAGGCGCUUCGAGGCGGCCGUGCGCGCCGUGAAGAGUCUUCCCAACGACGGCACCUACAAACCAUCGCAUGAGCUCAUGCUGAAGUUUUAUGGUUUUUACAAGCAAGCCACCCAAGGACCAUGCAAGAUAGGUCGCCCCGGUUUUUGGGACCCCGUUGGACGCUACAAAUGGGAUGCCUGGAAAUCCCUUGGUGAAAUGUCGAAAGUGGAGGCCAUGAUAGCAUAUGUGGAUGAGAUGAAAAAGGUGGGAGGGCAGAUCCUGGAAAGCAUGCCAGUUACGGACAAAGUUGAAGAGCUUCUGCAUUUGCUUGGUCCAUUUUAUGAGGUUGUAUGUGACAUGCCAAGGCCACCAGGUUUCCCGACAUCUCAGGCCGCAGAAAAACUCGACAGAAUGGCAAAGUCACUUGAAGAAUUAAGUGGGGUAUUGACAUCCACUCCCAACCACAAUGGACAGGCACAUUUCCAAGACAACCAAGAUGAAGAUGACAGUAUUGAUGAUGAUGAUGGAAAAAAUCAGUUACUUCAAGUAAAGUGGCCUGAAAGUGACCAGCAUGAAGAAAGAGAGUCUCAUGCACUUCACGCAGAAUCUAGUGAUGCAAUUAACUUGAAUAACCAAAUGAUACAUUUAGAGCAGUGUGAAAAUAGUGAAAGAAAUAACGGAUUGGACAGUGGACGAGAAAGUGACCUGGGGAGUAGUCCACCAGAAAGUAUGACUGGCUCAGAGUCAGAACUGGAGCACAUUACACAAAUUGAGCAUGGAGAGGAAGGCCCAGAACAAUCUGGGGAAGACGAGGAGAGGCGCACCCCACAGGAGUCAGACAUUGACCCGAAGUAUACUUCUAGUGGCAGGACUUCAGUUUUGGCAGGCGGUGAGGCCCGUGUGCAGCACCUCACCAGCGACUCUGAUAGCGAAGUGUUCUGCGACUCAGUUGAACAGAUUAUGCUGGAGGAGGCAUGGGAAAGUGCUGGAGGGACAAGGGGUCUGCUCAACCAUUCCGAUGCACUCGACCAGCGCAACUGCUUGUCGGCCGAUCUGGCCAUAACUCGGCCUGUUGGCCAUGGUGGGGAAGGACUGGGUCCUGGGCAGGGAAAGCCAGGCAGUGAUAAAACAGGACCCAAUGAAGGAGAGAGACGUGGGAUAAAACCUGAGAGAGGUGGAAGGAGAGCCACUCCAAGAGAAGGUGCCCGAGGACACCACUCGGGAGGGAGCGGGGCUGGUGGUGGCGAUGGAGACGAUGUGGGAGAAAGCCGAAGGCACCAGACUGAUGUCAGCGAGCAAAUUGCCGCUACAUUGGUGCGGUUACAGCAGGACAUGCAGAGUGUCCUGCAGAGGCUGAGCACGUUGGAGGCUUUGGCAGCUACACAGCAUUAUGAAAUGCAUGUUCCUGCAAGAUCGAACCAUUCUGGGUGGCCAUUUGAGAUGUCUGCUCCAGCUCUGAUAUUCUUCAUGAUUUGGCCAUUUGUAGCACAGUGGCUGGUACACGUUCUCCGGCAACGCAGAAAAAUCAAGAAAGCUGGUGCAUUCUUAUCAUCAUUACACUGAAUAAGAAUAACAUGAAGAGAAAAAUACUUUGGGCUGUGCCAGUGUUUAACAAUAAUUUAUUGAUUAACUUUAUUCAUUGUGUUUGAAAGGUUAAUUACAGUAUAGAUUCAUCAGCUAUGUGGAUUAUCUGCUGAACACCUCAUCUAUACUCUAGUCUGUACCUGUUUUUUUUCUGUGAACUGUUUAAAAUGUUCAAAGUGAAAUACGAUUGAGGGUGUCGAUAUGAGAAGAAAUCAUUAGAAUUUAGCAACUUGGACCUUGAAAUAUUUAGUAAUUAGACACCACGAAUGUGGUAUUCCACAAUACUUGAUUCAUCAGAAUGUAUUUGAGUCAAGGGGACAGCAACAUUUUAUACAUCCAAGCCAAACACAAUUUAUAUAUAGACAAUGGUUUACUUGGCCUCUAAGGGAUUGAUACAAUAUUUGGUACAGAACAAAAAUAUCAAUUUUUAUCAAUGCUUUAGGCCAUGUUAAGAGUAAGUCAAUGUGCAAAGGGAUUUUUUAAAAAUAAUUUAAUAUUACAAAUUGUCCAUUUUUGUUAUGCAUUUUUAGGAAUAUAGAAUGCUCUGUACUUCACUGGUGGGAGAACCCGAUGUGUGGCACAUGUAGGACAUUGAAUUCACUCGGCAAUUAGGAGCCAGCAACAAUUGGCACAGCCCUAAAAUAUUUGUUGAAAUGUUUUAUAUUUGCAACCCAUUAGAGACAUUUAAAUAUGGAGAUACAUAUAUUAAAGGGAACGAAAUACAAUUGUGAUUUGCGGCGCUUAAUUUUAUAAUUAACAUUAAUUGUCGAAGUUAAUGACAACAGUUUCAGUUGUAAAUGUAUUUCUAAUGAAUAACGCUGCUACUUUGAAAAUUUGAACACGUUUUAAAAUAAGCCUAUUGCGAUAAACACUAAGCAUAACAAGGAGCUGUAAUUGCCUAACAUUUUAAAACAUCUGUAUAGUUUGAAUUAAUGAAUUAAACAAAAACAAAUGUA